CAAUUCUAUCAAUUCGAGGAUAUAAUAACAAAGAAUCGAUGGCUUAAAAUUAUCUACGAACUUAAUUUUAUAUUUUUCUAAUCAUCAAAUCACAUAAAAAUAAACCCUAACACAUAAAAAUAAACCCCAACAACAGCCGACCUACCAUUAAGUGGUCAUUUUUGUCUACCAUAAACUUGUAAUAGUUACAAUAGUUUAUCAACCAUUUUUACCAUAUAAUCAACUCAUAAAAAUUAUAAACGCGAGAAGCCAAAAUUCACAGAACAUGUACAAGCCAUGAGAGGCCAAAAAUUUCAUUUUAACAAAAUAAUAUAAACAUGGGUAUUCCACACAAUGUUCAUUCUAGCUGGAACAUCAUCAUCACAUUAUAUACCCAUAUAUAUAUAUACAAACAAUGUAACAAUCUUCAUAGGAUUCUCAGCUGAGAAAUCGAGCAGAAAAACAAUCACUUUAGUUUUUAUCUUCAACAAUGAACAUCAAUUGCUGUACAAAUGGGCAUAUUAUUAGAAUAUCUUCCAUUUCAUUUCAUAUCCACCUAAUUAUCAACACCACCACAUUCUUGUUUCUAUGAUAGCCUGCACAUCUAAAACCACACCACUCUCACACUCCACACUGAAUUGAACAAUGGGUUGUUCUCUUCACUUCUUUAUCCACCUUCUUGUUAUCUCUCUUCUCGCACUACGCGGUCUCGUUUUCGCCCAAAAUGGCAUCCAAGAAGCUGAAAGGGAGGCCCUUUUGGCCCUUGCAGACGAGCUCAACAACUCUUUCCUUCAUAACAACUGGACCAGUCUCAAUUGCUACAAUAUCGUUAUGACCCCAUAUUGGUACGGUGUAAAGUGUACCAAUGGAAGAGUCGCCGAGGUUGUUCUAGAAAACAUGGGCCUAACCGGGAAAAUCAGGCCCGACACGCUUUUCAACCUCACUGAAUUGUCAGUUCUUAGCCUCAAGAACAACUCAAUAUCGGGGAAUAUGAUGGACUUCUCACAAAAUCAGAAGUUGACUCAGAUUGACAUGUCAUCAAACAUGUUUGAUGGGCUGAUCUCUAAUUCUCUCCCGGGUCUUGCUUUCCUAGAGUCAUUGCAGCUUCAGGACAACAUGUUAGCAGGUUCAAUACCGGCUUUCAAUCAGUCUAGCUUGAAAGAAUUCAAUGUAUCGAACAAUGGACUCACCGGGGCAAUACCAAACACGAAAGUCCUCCAAUCCUUCAAUUCCUCAUCAUUCUCCGGUAACCCACAACUGUGUGGCUCACCAUCUUACAAUCCCUGCAGCCCUAGCAAUAACGAUACAUCCUCGGAUAAUAGCCCUAAACCCAGUGGUGUGUCUCGCUUUGCUCCCAUUUUGUUAGUCAUUGAUGUUGUUGGCUUUAUUGUUGUUGUGUUCCUCUUCAUGAUCUACUGCAGAAAGUCUAAACAGCUCAGUAAUGCGAUGAAUAUGAGAAGUAGUCGUCCUGUUGAAGGAGUACGUGCAGAGAAGGCUGUGCAAGAUAUAGAGGUGAGCCAAAGAAGCGAAGGGUAUGUAGAAUCCGAAGGUGGAGAAGGAGGAGGAGGAGAGAGAGGUAAAUUGACAUUCAUGGAUGGCGUGGAGCGGGGUUUUGGGCUUCAUGAUCUUCUAAAAGCAUCCGCGGAGGGUCUGGGGAAAGGAAAUUUUGGGAAUUGUUAUAAGGCCAUGGUGGAUGAUGGACCGGCCGUGGUGGUGAAGAGGCUAAGGGACUUGAGGCCUUUGAGCCAUAGCGAGUUUGCGAAACAAUUGCAAGCUUUGGCGGACCUGAAACACCCAAACUUGUUGCCUCUCCUCGCUUACUACUACUCCAAAGAAGAGAAGUUGUUGGUUCACAAGCUUGCAUCAAAUGGAAAUGUAUAUAAUCGCAUUCAUGGAGGAAGAGGAACAAGAGGCCGAGUCCCAUUCCGGUGGACAGCAAGACUGUCAGUAGCCCGCGCAGUGGCACGAGCCAUGGACUACCUCCACCUCAACCCACCCAAAUCCACCACCACCACCACCACCACCAUCUUCCCCCCACACGGCAACCUCAAAUCCUCCAAUGUCCUCCUCGACAACGACCUCGUCCUCGUCUCCGACUACUCCCUCGCCUCCCUCAUCUCCCUCCCCAUCGCCGCCCAACGCAUGGUCUCCUACAAAUCCCCCGAAUUCCAAAACUACAAAAGACUUUCCAAAAAAUCGGACGUCUGGUCCUUCGGUUGCCUCCUCCUCGAGCUACUCACCGGUCGCGUCUCCGCCCACUCCUCUCCUCCCGGAGUCAACGGCGUUGACCUCUGCGGCUGGGUCCAUCGUGCCGUCCGGGAGGAAUGGACGGCUGAGAUCUUCGACGUUGAGAUCGCCGUGCAGCGGAGCGCGACCCACUCUAUGCUGAGGCUUUUGCAGAUUGCGAUAAGGUGCUGUGAAAAGGCGCCAGAAAAGAGGCCGGACAUGGCAGAGGUCGCGAGGGAGAUUGAGAAUAUUAAGGUGGUUGUCGACUCCGAGGACUCCGAGGACUUGUCGCAAUCGAUUACCGAUGAUUCGAUGUCAAUGUCGGCGACCCCAUCGAUUAUGAAUGGACAUUGAUCGUGAUUUAUUUCAAAUGUUAAUUGCAUUAUAUAAAAAUAUAAUCGAAACUACAUUUUUUUUUUUUUUUUGAGUUAUUAGCUUUUUUUUGUUAAUAAUUUUUCUUAGAGUGAUGUAUUCAGACCGACCAUGUAUUGAUGAUUGAUUUAUAUGUUUGUGAGAUCCAUAUGAAAAGAGUCGGCUCUUGAUGUAAUAAUAGAGAUGUUAUAUAUUAAAAUUACGGUGUUUUAAAGUUUUAAAUUGUAAAAAUAAAAUAAAAAGUCACAAUUCAAAAGUCAAAAACUAUGUCGUUUUGUAGCAUAGCAUUCUUAUCACACCACAUACACCCUAAGUUGUUACCAAUCAUACAAGUCGACUUUGGUUCAAAGUCAAUCUAUGCACAAUUUUUAUUUUUUAUGUAAUUUGAUU